GGUUUAGUUUACGAACGACGGCCAGCCGGAUUGCAUCGCGGAUGGAUUGUAGCUAUGUGAGCGCGGGUUAGUGUGUUUUGAAAUUGGCGGGUGAAAAUUUUUCGCGCACGAAUUUCGUGAUAACGAACUAAACUAUCGAGAGGUGUUCCGGGCACAAAGCAGAUCCCUCUUACAGGGGUCGUUACAGUUUUGCGCCUUGGGCUGCGCAGAAAACUUGCCGAAAUUUUGAGUGAAAGGUGUCUGUUUGCAUCCUAGUGAUGUUCACAAGUGGAUGUUGAAACUGAUAUGUAGAUUGUGCAUGUUUGAAUCGUGGAUCGGGUCGAAAGAAGGUGUCAGAAUUUUUGGAGGUUUUCAUUGAUUGUUGGGGAACGUUAAGCCGAAACUUGCCUAAAUCAGUAUAUCAAGCCGAAUUCGUACCAGAGUGUAAUAGCUUAUUGCCAGUGUGGUGACAUGCAACAGUGAUUUUUACAGUACCACUCGAAGGGAAAAAGAAAUAGAAAGACCGAAAACCGGCGAGCAGUGAAAAAUUGAGCUCUUUAGAUUCGGUUCGAUGAAGAUUGAAUGUUCUGAAAUUUCGACACCGUCUGUAGUCGGAAAAGGCCGCUGCGAAGGGAAGAAAACACUCGCGCGGCACGUGAGAGCAGUCUAGUGUGGAAGAUUGGAUCCGAAACCGAAAGGGAAGCCACUCUAGUGUGACGCGAAUGAAUGAGUUAGAAAGACUGCCAGUAAUGAUGAUAGUUGGUGGCAAGUCAAGUGAUCAGUGCCUGCCAAGUGGAAAAUAAGCGACAGGAAGUGAGAUAUUUGUAUAUAUUAAAUCAGUGUUUUUUGCGAGUACCUUGACAUACAGUAGUGACAAUAGACGAGGACAAAAUGGAAGGUAAAACGGAGAUCCGCUCCAAGCCUAUCUUGAGUCCAACGAGAUCAUUGGAUGAAGGAUUCGAGAGCGACCCUGAUCGUAUUUCUACGGAUUCCGAGUUAGCUACUGCUCAGGCUGCUCCGGCUUUCGAUGUUCUGCAAACAACAGACCGCGACGGAGUUCAGCACACUCAGAUUGCGAGGCGAACUCAGGACAGCCCGGUUGCAAAAGACAGUGGUCCUGAAAGCAUAAUUUGUCUGGAUGGCGAAGUCGAAAACGAACUUCGUAGCAAACUAGAGAAAACAACGUUGGGCAGACCUCCAACUGGUCUUCAGAAUCUUGGCCAACAGAAAACCAAUACCAAUCACAUUCGCUAUCGCCGAAUCAAGACUAGAGCACCUCCACCACCCUUGGGAAGCUACUAUUAUCAAAAACGCUCGCAAUCUGUUGACUCCGUGAACAGAGCCAAUAUGCACAACAGUAACCGGUACGGCAUGGACCCGGUGCUCGGAAUGUCCGGCACGCAUCUCGAUAUGGUCAAUAGCAACGGUGACGUUCUAGCAGGUCGAUUCGUACGUGUUGCCGUGAAUCCACAUCACCAUCAGCAGUCACAGCAUCUAUCGCUAAACCAUCCGUACCGUUUAUCUUCACUAUCGACAAACAAUAUUUACAAGUACUGUCACGCAUCAACGGCAAUGACCGGCCAUCAGCAUCACUCGAUGCAUCAUCAUCUUCACGGUUCAGCUGGCGCCGGCGGUGGUGGCAAUUCUGCGAUAGCCAGCGCCAGUAGCCGCAGCAAUUUAUACACGUUACCGCCGCAAUACCACGGAGGAUUAUCCGCAGGAUCGAUUCAACCGGCGCCGAAUCAUACCUCAGCAGCAGGAGCAGUUGCACAGCAAACCGGCAGGAACUACAAACAUUUCAACCACGUUCCAGUAUGCUGGACUCAGUCGAUACCUAGGCAAACAAGACGGUACAUAACGCCGACGGCCUUACCCCAGGUGAUAGCACCACCCAACAAGUCAACCGGCACUGGCAUCUCGCAAAAACUACGAGACUUGGCAACCUCGGCUGGUUUGCUUACGGCAAAACCGCGGCCGCCACUGAAACCAGUCAUCAAAACGCGUGGCUCCAAUAGUACCGAAUUCCCGAAAAAAGUGACGUUCAGUGCGUUCGCCACAGUACAGGUGGUGUAGAUUGGAACUCCGAGCCGGAAUCAGCAAGCCGUAGGGAAAAAUCAGCAACCGAAAGCAACAAGCGGGGAUGCUAUCACAAAGAUGGUAGAGAAAAUUAGAGAGAAAUCAUUAAAACAAGUGCACACAAGGGACACAACACUCCAGUUAUCAUCCUGUAAAUAUCAAUUAUUUCAUGCAAUUAUCGGAAAUAAUUUGUUAUUUGCCAAUCGAACAUGCAAAUCGACUAGACGACUGUGCAGAUAAACAGCGUUAGAAAUAGAAAUAAUAGCUAAACAAAAACACUGACACACGUUGGACAUGUAACCAAACCACACUACACAUGAAUUACUGAAAUGGUGGGUAAAGUACGUACGAAAUGAUCAAAAGAUAUACACAUGAGGUUUUUGUUCAAACAACUUUACCCACUGUGCAGUGGACCACAGCACAACGUCUCUAAAUAGGGUGGUGUACAAAUUUUCUCGUCACUCCGAAAACAACCGCGAGAAUAUUCAAGAUAGCAAUCGAGUAGAUGCCCGCCGGCGUCCAGAUAAGCCUACGGUACAGAUUUUGUCGUGUGCCUUACGGUCCUCGGUGUAAAGAAAUGUUCCGGUAGAGCUUAGAGACGAGAGAGCAAAAAAGGAUUCCGAUGGUUGAACAGGUUUUGCUUUUUUUUUCAACGUCAACCACUGUAUAUAUAUACAUACGAAGAAACGAGCAGAAAAAUAAAUUUUAGAUGUGAUUCACAAGCCAUUUUAGCCUGUACACGGACUAUUUGCAGGAGAAAAGUUCUUUACCUAAUCUAUGUUAUAUAUUUGCUUGUCAUAUUAGUACAUCUCGAGUAUGCAAUCUGUUUUCUUCUAGUUUAACCUUUUUUUAUUACUGUUGCCUAGUGCGUUGAGGACUAGCUCUAGUUGUUCUGUAUAAAAUGUACCAUUAUAUCUUAUUAGCUAGCUGUUAAUAGAACAAAAUUGCUGUCUGUGGGCACUCCUGUACCCAGAAAAUAUACGAUUGUAAAGUGAACAAGAGAACUCUGAAUUAGAACAACCGAUAAAGAGACACGAAAGCGAAACCUAAACUUGUGAAACGCGAAGCCAACUAUAAGACUUGAUAAUUCCUAUAUCUUUGCCUAGUGUUAAGCCCAGGUUUGAUGGAUAGUUUCACGGAAAAUAAAAAAAAAAUAAAUUUAUAGCCAGUGCAUAUUUGAUAAACAGACAGACAAAUACAUUGGAAAUUAGAUGUUGUUGCAAAAAAAUAAUAAAUUUUGAAGCAAUGCUGAUAUCGGGACUGAAAUUCGAUUAACAAAAAACCUAGUUUUAAAUGUCAUAAAAUGGUGCAUGAAUAUUCCAAUUGAAUCUUUGCCUUUUUUAUUCAAAGUUAUCACAAAAUUUAUUUUUCACGUAAUGCUUAUAGAAUGAACUUUAUCAGCAUGAAUUUCUAAUAUUUGAAAUGUCCUGCAGCAAAGGUUUAUUGCGAUUCUUAGCAACUCGAGUGCUGUGAUAGAUGUCCCUAAAAUUAGGUACAAUUGAACCAGACAUCGUGGAUCCAGUGGAAAUUUAAAAAAAUCGAUAACAUCUACUUUUAUUUAAAUACAUCGAGAUGCCAGAAAAAUUACAUUUUCUGUUAAUCAUUGAUCCAUCAGUCCAAUCAAACCGAUCGGAAAGCAUAUAAAACACUUUCGCUAAAAAGCAGUUCCGACUCCAAAAAUAUGCUUGAUUGUAGGAAAUAGGGAAGCCAUUAACGUCGGGGCAAUUUCCUGAAAGAGGUUCAUCACACCUACGGACACAAAAAAAAAUCAAUGUUGAUUAUUACCUACUCGAAAGCUAAAAACCUUCCAGCAAUGCAUCACCUAGCCUCCAUUUGACUUCGCUUGUUCAACCAAGCGUUAAAAUAAACUACCCCGAAUCGACGCCGGUACAAUUAUCGAGUAAUGUUUUUCUUUUCGGAAAUCACUGAACUGCUCAAGACUAGACAAGAUUCAAGCAUAAUUAUUCAAUAAUCGAUUCGAAAAAACCAAACUCUGUUUUACGAACAAAAAAAGUGAACGCUGCCUUCCUGGCCAAUUGUACAAUACUGUAUAAAUUUAUACUAAGAUAUAAUAUAAAUUAGCAUAUCUUUGCGAACAAAUUGAAAUUUAGAGAACUUAUAAAUAUUAUACCAGCCAAUAAUCUCUCGAUAAUUCUUCCAAUUAUUUCGACUGGUCUAAAAUGUAAAUAGCAACUAUGCUAUGGAGCAACGAGAACCAUUUGUGAAUAUAGUCUG